AUGGAGCGAAAGCAGGGGAUUUUCAAAUCUUUCAAGGACGACGUCGUAGGCGGGCUCUCCCCGGCCCGUUACAGGAGGGCCCGUAGCCAGUCGCCUUUGCCUUCACCUCUCCGUCGCAGCAGAGGCAGCAGCGUGGGCCCGGCAGAUACACACACGAAGGGAUCAGGCCUUUCAUGGCCCGGUUUCGAGGCCCUCUCUCCUUUUAAGGGAGGUCCGUUGCCGAAGAGCGAGAGGCGGGGCAGUCGCCACUCCCCCGCCCCUUCCGUGUCGACGGUCGGGCCGGACUACUUCCGAUCCGAUCAACGGCUGCUCCUCGGCGUCAUUGGUGCACCGCUCGGGCCUUCGCCAUCACUCGCCAUCAAAGAUAACUCCAUUGAAUCUUCAACUGCGAAGUACAUACUACAUCAAUAUAUAGCGGCAUCAGGCGGCCAAAAGAUGGAGAGCACGGUCGAAAAUGCGUAUGCUUCGGGUAGCGUGAAGAUGAUGACGUCCUGUAUAGAGACAGACACGAAGGUGCUGAAGAGCACGAACUCGGCCAAGGAGGCCGAGUCUGGUAGCUUCGAGUUGUGGCAGAUGAAUCCCGACAUGUGGUAUGUGGAGCUAGCCCUUGGAGACAGCAAGGUCCAAGCUGGCUGCAAUGGGAGGCUCGUGUGGCGCCAAACCCCCUGGCUCCUUGGCACCCACGCAGUCAAAGGGCCAGGUAGACCCCUCCGCCGCGCCCUCCAGGGGCUUGAUCCGAGAACAACGGCUCGUAUGUUUGGCAGGGCGAGGUACACGGGUGAGAAGAAUAUCAACGACGAGGCUUGUUUCACCCUGGAGAUCUGCGCAGACUCCCAGACUCUCGAGGCCACGAGCGACAAGCAGACGAAGGCCACCGAGCACACCUUGGUCGGGUGGUUCAGCCAGAGGACGGGGCUCCUCGUGGGGCUAAAGGACUCGCACAUGAAGCUGAUACGGACCGAGGAAGGCGGGUCCGUGUACUGGAAGACGACCAUUGAGUCGCUCCUUGAGGACUACACGCCGGUUGAGGGGAUCAUGAUCGCCCACUCGGGGAGGUCCGAGGUGACCCUGGCCAGGGGUGCGGGCGAGAGCUGCACGACGACGAGGAUUGAGGAGACGUGGACGGUCCGGGAGGUGGCGUUCAACGUGCCCGGGCUGUCCAUGGACAGCUUUACCCCUCCUGCUGAGCUCGAGGCGUGCGACCGCCCUCGGGAAGAUAGGCUGAAGAGGGUCAACCGUCGGCUAGAGGGCCGAGGUGGGGCGGCGUUGUGGUGA